UAAAAAGCGGCAAAAUCAAAAUAACAAAAACGUGAAAAAAUGGCAAAUUCUGCUGCAGUUCUUGCUCCACAUCGAAAAUUACGCGAUAUGCACGCAGUUACCAUCCUUUUUGUAGGAAGUGAAUCCAUCAAUGUCAACAUUCUAGCAAAAGCUGUUAUGGAGAGGUCUGGGAAAAGAUACGACAAGGUCAACUUUAACAUAAAUUGCCGAACGGCAGUGAAACUCCCUCUACCCGCAGACCCUGACAACAAAAGGCCAAACAUUGACUACAUUGUUUUCCUCACUGACAACAACAAGGACAGUUUUGCCAACAUGAAGAGAAGUCUCCGGUAUCUAGAUGUGGAGUUCUUCCUUGGCAAGAUGAGCUUGGUACUUGUGUCUAAGCCUAGUGACAUAGAAUCUGAGGUUACUAUGAUUACAGAAGACAAUCUUCAUAAUCUUGCAGACACGUGCAGAACAACUCCCUUGUUUGUAGAUUUAGAGAAUGCAGAAGACACGAAGGCAGUUGCAGAUAUAUUACUCUACACGAUUGAGAUCGCAGCUGGAUUCAAGCAAGGUGUAUCCUCGUUACUUCUCAUGGGCUCUAGAAGACCUUACAAUAGAUUUGAAGAACUGUAACCAACAGUGACGAAGUACUCAUGGACUUGUUUUGGACGGAGAUGACUUGACAUUUCUCCCCAAUUAACAUUAGAACAUCCAGUGUAGACGUUGAUAGCCAGACGACAACCCUGAAAGAUUUCGCUUGUGACAGCAAAACAAAAUUGAACGUUGUUACUGCCUUUCAAUUCUUCUAUUCUGUACUCAGGAUUCUGUCUUUAUCAUUUCUUCUUUGUAUUUAUAUUUAGGAUGCUGUCUCCAGCUUUGUUU